UGGUACUUGGCCAUGCUGCCGUGUAAAUUGUAUACGCAUCUCCCAUUUCUAACGUUUGAAUAAGUCUAACACUAUCAUGCUGUCAAAAAGAAGAAAAACAAGAAAUCCCAACAUCAAAAUCUUAUGGUCAGUCAACUCAACAGUCCAACACCCUCACCCUUACAUUACAUAGUACCCCCUCCAUCUCUUUACUCUUCAUUUUGAUACUUGAAACAAAAUAACUCUUCAAUGGCUUUGCUUUCCUUUCUUUGUUACUUGUUUGUCACAGCUCUAUCACAUGUCAAAGCCGGAGAUCCUGUAGCAUGUGAUAACAUCCGAGGCAACUACACAGACAAUAGCCCUUACGACAACAACCUCAAAACCCUUAUAUCCACUUUCUCUUCUCAUAAAGAAAUCAACUACGGUUUCUACAAUUUCUCAUACGGCCAAGAUCCCGACAAAGCAUACGCCAUAGGAUUAUGUCGUGGAGAUCUCGAACCAAAAACCUGUCUCACAAACAUAAACAACUCCUUUGCAUAUCUUAAACAACAUUGUCCAAAUCAAAAAGAGGCAAUUGUGUGGGGUGGUGAUUUCACUCUAUGGUACUCCAACCGUUCAAUUUUCGGAAUAGUAGAAACUCUACCUACAAUGUUUCUAAUAUACCAAAGAAAUGUAAGUGAUGUAGAUGCAUACAACAAAGCACUGAAUAACUUGAUGAAAAAUCUAACGAACAAAGCUGCUUAUGGUGAUUCUCGUCGUAAGUAUGAUGCCGAUAAUGUUAAUGAGCCUGCAAAUUUUGCAACUAUAUACGGUUAUGUGCUGUGUGUGCCGGAUUUGUCUUCGCAACAAUGUGUUGAUUGCUUGGAAGCAGCGAUUUCUGAUAUUCCAGGUUGUUGUAAGGGAAAGAUGGGAGGAAAUAUUCUUAAACCAAGUUGUCGAAUUAGAUUCGAUCCUUAUCGUUUCUAUAAUCAGACGAUUGUGUUGGAUUCGAAUGCGACGCCUCCUUCACCGUCGCUACAACCACCAUCAGAAUCUACCAAUAACAGUUCUUCACCAUCUACAGAUAUCACUUCUUCAGGGAAGAGCAAAAUACGAAUCAUUAUCAUCUCCAUUGCAUUGCCAGCUGUUAGUGUGGUUUUGAUACUCAUUUUUAUUUGCAUCUAUUUAAGAUUGAGAAAGCCAAAACAAAUGUUUCAAGAAAUUAAUAGAAAACAUGAUGAUGGAGAUGAAGACGAAAUUACAAUUGUUGAGUCAUUGCAAUUCAACUUUGAUAUUAUACGGGUUGCUACAAAUGAUUUCUCGGAUUCUAACAAACUUGGACGAGGUGGAUUUGGAAUUGUUUAUAAGGGUAAACUUCCAGAUGGACAAAUGAUUGCUGUUAAAAGAUUGUUAGAAGAAUCUAACCAAGGAGACGAGGAAUUUAAAAAUGAAGUAUUAUUAGUAGCCCGACUUCAACAUCGAAAUCUAGUUAGACUACUUGGUUUCUGUUUAGAAGGGAUGGAAAGGCUGCUUAUUUAUGAAUUUGUUACAAAUAAAAGUCUUGAUUACUUCAUAUUUGAUCCAAUCAGAAAAGCUCAACUGAAUUGGGAAAAACGCUAUGAAAUCAUAAAAGGCAUUGCCCGAGGACUUCUUUAUCUUCAUGAAGAUUCUCGUUUGCGCAUAAUACAUCGUGAUAUCAAAGCAAGCAAUAUUCUGUUAGACAACGAGAUGAAUCCUAAGAUAUCUGAUUUUGGAUUGGCAAGAUUGUUUGUUAUCGAUCAAACUCAAGGACAUACAAAUAGACCGGCUGGAACCUAUGGAUAUAUGGCACCUGAGUAUGUAAUGCAUGGAUUAUUUUCGGUGAAAUCAGAUGUUUUUAGUUUUGGAGUACUGAUUCUUGAGAUUAUAAGUGGUCAUAAAAAUAGUGCAAACAUUUGUCAUGGAAAUGAUAUAGAGUAUCUAUUGAGCUUCGCAUGGAAAAGCUGGAGAGAGGGGAAAUCUACAAACAUUAUAGAUCCAUCAUUGAAAAACUAUUCACCAAAUGAAAUAAUGAGAUGCAUUCAUAUUGGUUUGCUUUGUAUUCAAGAAGAUGCGGCUGAUAGACCAACCAUGGCAGCUGUUGCACUCAUGCUUAAUAGUUAUUCUCUCAGUCUCACAAUACCUUUGAAACCUGCAUUCUUUUAUGGAAGUAGAACUGGAACUGAAAGCUUGCAUGACAAGCAACAAUGGGGUGAAAAUCAAGAUGCAACGACGUCGAAUGAAUCGAUAAACGAGGCUUCGAAUACUGAUCCAUACCCUCGGUAGAUUUCAUUGAUAAGGAUGAUAUAUAUUUUUUUUGAGUCAAUGCCUAUAUUGAUCUAUAAAUUUGAAAUGUCAGUUUCUCAGAAAUAUAAGAACGGAAAAAACGUCUUCGAAACUUAUUGAUGUUAGUCAUUUAUAUUACUGUGUUAGUUUCUUAAGCUAGAGUUUAUGAUGUGCGAGAUUAACAAGUAUAGUAAAUCGUGUAUUUUUAAAGUCAAUAAAUUAUGUUACAACAAAAUAGAUGGUUGUGUAAAGUAAUUAUUAACAUAUAGUUUAUUUAAGUGUUUUUA